AUGUCUUCAUACUUUGCCCUCGGUUCCACCGGUCUAUGCGGGAACUUCUUCGUCAACAUUGCGGCCAAUUCGGCGAAUGUGGCUCGCAUUUAUACUGUCAGCCGUCGUGAACCAAAAGUCACGACGGACAGUUCCAAGCUCGUUGCCACUGUGGAGCCUGACACCGAGAAAUGGCCUGCUUUGAUCAAGAAUCUCGAGAUUCCCGAGCAUUCCACAUACUAUUCCUCGUUUGGAACCACCAGAAAGGCUGCAGGCGGUGCUGAGAACUUCAUAAAGAUUGACGAAGGCAUCAAUGUUGCUGCUGCCACCGCUGCAAAGGAAUCUGGCAAAUUCGACACUGCCGUGCUGGUGUCCAGUAUUGGUGCCAACUCGUCCUCACACUUCCUGUAUAUGGCCACCAAGGGCCGCAUUGAGGAGAAGAUCAAGGAAUUGAAGUUCAAACGCACAAUUAUUUUGAGACCCGGUUUGCUACUCGGAGAAAGAGAGCAUGCACAUAGCUUGUUCGAGAGCGCCUCCAGAAAGGUCGGGGGAUUUUUGAGAGGCACAAUGUUGGAAGGGCUUUUCGCACAUCCGAUUCAGGGCGAAGAAGUCGCAAAGGUCGCUUUUUACUUGAGUCAGCAACCGAUCGAGAAGGACAAUGAGGUGCUUGUUGUUGACAGCAAAGAGAUGCUCAAGAUUGUUAGGGAUAACGGAUUAUAA